AUGGACGUCAAACCCAGCAAAGCGAGCCUUGCUUCUCAAGUGGAGCAAGCUCUGAAGCUUGCAAAUGAGUACGCUCUCGGUUCCGUGCAUCCUGACGGCCAUUGGUACGGUGAAUUAAGAAGCAAUGUCACUGUGACAGCUGAAUAUGUCUUCCUCCGACAGGCGCUUGGUCUGCAUUUGAAAGCUGAUCACGCCGCCUAUUGCCGCCAUAUACUGUCUCAGCAGAACAGUGAUGGUUCCUGGAGCCUAUCUCCCGGAGUACCUGGAGAUGUAUCAACUUCAACAGAGGCCUAUCUUGCACUGAAGAUUCUGGGACUGAGCAUAGAAUCAUCAGCAAUGCAAAAGGCGCGAGAAUUUGUUCUCCGCGCAGGUGGUGUUGCGAAAGUGCGCGUCUUCACUCGCAUUUUCCUAGCGACCUUUGGCUUAUUCCCAUGGGAUGCGGUGCCUAUCAUACCUGUGGAGCUGAUUCUUUUACCUUCUGUCCUUCCAAUCAACAUCUACAAAUUUGCAUCUUGGGCCCGCGGUACCAUUGCUCCUUUGCUCAUUAUAUGCCACCACCAACCAAUCUAUCCUCUCCCCAACAGGAAAUCCGCCUGUAACGAUUACCUGGAUGAGCUGUGGCAAGAUUGUACGAACAAGAAUGUACCUUACAGCGAAUCUCUCUGGGCAAUGCUGUCUCAAGGAAACAUCACGGGCCUUGCAUUUGGAAUUGUGGACAAAAUCCUUUACCAACUAAAUGGACUUCGCAGAGUGCCUCUGAUACGAUCAUACGCCCGGAAACAAUGCACACAAUGGAUUCUCGAGCGCCAAGAGAAGACUGGCGAUUGGGCUGGAAUCUUCCCUCCUAUGCACGCCAGUAUAUAUGCAUUCAUGCUAGAAGGCUACACACUGGAUGAUGACCCGGUUUGUCUUGGCAUAGAAGCACUGGAGAGAUUUGCAUGGGAAGACGAGCAUGGCAAGAGAAUCCAGCCUUGUGUCUCGCCCGUUUGGGAUACAGCCCUGAUGACGAUUGGGCUCUGUGAUGCCAUGCUACCUAACCGACAGACCCUAAGCCAAGCGAUUACCUGGAUUCGCAGCCGCCAAUUACUUCGGAGCCGGGGAGAUUGGCAAAUAUACCGACCACACCUAGCACCGGGAGGCUUCAGUUUCGAGUACGAAAACAGCUGGUACCCAGACGUCGAUGACACGGCUGCAAUCAUCCUUGCUCAGUUAAAAUACGAUGCUGCUUCCCUUACUUCGAGUUCUGUACUCGCAGCAGCCACAUGGAUCUGCGGAAUGCAGAACCCAGAUGGAGGUUGGGCAGCCUUCGAUGUGGAGAACGAUAAAUUGUUCCUCAACAAAAUACCAUUCAGCGACAUGGACAGUCUGUGCGAUACGUCCUGUGCCGAUAUCACGGGACGCAUACUGGAAGCCUUUGGAUUGAUGAUGAAACGGGCCACCGUGAAAGCCGAUAUAAGUGAUAUUAUGCCUGCACUGCGUGUAGCAUGUGCCCGUGGUGUGCAUUACCUCGCAUCUACACAAGAGGCCAGCGGGGCCUGGUACGGAAGAUGGGGAUGCAACUACGUAUACGGCACGAGCCAUGCGAUAUGUGGUCUUGCAUACUUCGCUGGUGAUCACCAGGUCCGUGGAAUGGUGAAGCCAGCUCUGCAGUGGUUGAAGUCCGAGCAGAAUGAGGACGGUGGUUGGGGCGAGUCUUUGCUUUCGUACCGAUCUCCUGACCAGCGAAAGCAGGGAUCAACAGCAUCACAAACUGCAUGGGCUUUGAUGGGGUUGCUGGCUCAUCUUCCCAUUGACGAUGCCAACAUUGAACGCGGAAUCCAGUACCUGGUGUCAUCGCAGAAGCCGGAGAAAGGGAUUGGGUCUUCUUGGCCUGAAGCUUUGUACACUGGGACUGGGUUCCCGAACCACUUCUACCUGGGAUAUGAUUACUAUAGGCACUAUUUUCCCAUGAUGGCCCUAGGGCGGUAUUUACAAGGGGCUCGGGCACGAAGCUGA